AUGUUCACAUUCCCCCUGCAGCAACAGCAGGAUCACGUCCUCCAGCUGCAAACUAAAUGGGUUACCCCACUUGCAUCUUCUAUUCACUUCGUCAGCAAUGCCACAGCAGCAGUCAAUCUCAUGAUCAAUCUAUCUGAGAUCAAGGGACUAUUGGAAAAUGGCCUCUACCAACUUGUACCAACUUCAUUGACACUUGCUGAUCCCUCCCCUGAGGAUGACACUGACAAAUACCUUGCACCCACAUUGGAAGAAGUUGUUGAAGAAGUGGCACUCAUGGACAUUUUGCCCAAUGGUACUGUAAGCGAUGACAAACAUGACGAAGCUGUGGAAGAACCUCAAUUCACGAUUACUUAG